UGUGGACUGGGUGACACAGAUGAAAAUUGCCACUUAUGAUGAAGAAAUCCAGCAUCUCUAUGAAGAGAUGGAGCAACAAAUCAAGAGUGAGAAGGAGCAGUUUCUCCUGAAAGACACGGAGAGGUUCCAGGCCCGCAGUCAGGAGCUGGAGCAGAAGCUGUCCGCCAAGGAGCAGGAGCUGGAGCAGCUGGUGCAGAAGCAGAAGCGGCUGGAAGGCCAGUGCACAGCCCUCCAUAAUGACAAGGAUGAGACCAAGGCUGAGAACACCAAGCUGAAACUCACAAACCAGGAGCUGGCCCGGGAGCUGGAGAGGACCACCCAGGAGCUGCAGGCUGCCCAACAGCAGCUGGAAAACCUCCAACAAGAGGCCUGCAAACUUCACGAGGAGAAGGAGAUGGAAGUGUACCGUGUGACGGAGAGUAUGCAGCGGGAGAAGUUGGGGCUCCUGAAACAGCUGGACUUCCUCAGGGAAAGGAACAAGCACCUUCGAGAUGAACGAGACAUGUGCUUCCAGAAAGAUAAGGCAGCCAAGGCAAACAUAGCUGCUUUCAAGUCAAGCUGGAAACAGAGAUCCGGCUCCGUGAUUGGCAAGUACAUGGACAGCAGGGGGAUUCUUAGAAGCCAGUCAGAAGAGGAAGAAGAUGUGUUUGGCAUCCCAAGGAGGAAAAGUUCUCUGGGCCUGAGUGGGUAUCCGGUUACAGAAGAGGAGCCAGGAGCCAAGGAGUCAGGAACUGGGGGUUCCCUCACCCCGACACUGCGCAGAAUCAUUUCCAUUGAGGAAGACCCUCUGCCCCAGCUCCUGGAGGGCAAGCCACUGAGCAAAUGUACAGAAGAGGAGGAGGUGUCUCCCCAGGCUGUGGAAGGACGAACCCAGCAGGCCCCAGCCUUCGAGCUCCUGCCCACCUCCCCUCGGGAGCAGCCUGUUGGAAAAGAGGCCUGGUCUAAGGAGGAAAGGUCUCCACCCACCCCUGACCGGCUCUUCAAGAUCGUGUUUGUGGGCAACUCGUCUGUGGGGAAGACGUGCUUCCUGAGGAGGUUCUGUGAGGACCGGUUCUCCCCGGGCACAGCAGCCACUGUGGGCAUCGAUUACCAAGUCAAGACAGUGUGUGUGGACAACUCCCAGGUGGCUCUGCAGCUGUGGGACACGGCUGGGCAGGAGAGGUACCGCUGCAUCACCCAGCAGUUCUUCAGGAAGGCCGACGGCGUCAUCGUCAUGUACGACCUCACGGCCAAGCAGUCCUUGUCGGUGCGGCAGUGGCUGAGCAGCGUGGAGAGCGGCCUGUCCCGGUCCCGGCCCACACCUGCCCAGGGAGUCCUGCUGAAGCUUCUGGGCCUUGCAGUUCCAGCCGCCCACUGCACAGAGGGCGAACUCGGUCGCCCCCCCCACACCUCGCGCGAGGCCGGCUCUGCGGCCCCACCCCGGCUGCGCGAGGACGCGGCGCUGCCGCCUCAGCUGGGCUGA